CUCUCUCUAACUUCUAGUCAUGAUAUUGACUCAAGUCUUCUCUCAACCCUUAAUCUCUUAUCCCAAAACAAACCCACUAAAAAUCAAAAUUUUCUCUCACUCAAAUCAUCAUCAAAACGAAACCACUUUCAACCAACCUAUUAAAAAUAAUACCUACCCCUAUUAUUUAAGCCUCCAAUUGCACCCCCAAACCAACCAAAAAAACUACUUCACUUUUCUUCUUCUCUCUUUUCUCACAAACAUUUCAUCAAACACUUUCUUAACUCUCAUUAAUUUUCCCUCGCUAAGAUGACACGAGCGCUGAGAAUUCUUCAAUCAACAGAAAACGUCACCGCCAUCGUAGUGGCGGCGCCGCCGCCGGAGGCUGUGGCUUUGGAAUCAGACUUCGUGGUGAUUCUUGCAGCCUUACUCUGCGCCUUGAUAUGCGUCGUCGGAUUAGUCGCCGUCGCCCGGUGCGCGUGGCUCCGACGAGACUCCGGUGCCGGAAACUCGCCGCAGCAAGCUUUAGCUAACAAAGGACUGAAGAAAAAGGUUCUUCAAUCUCUUCCGAAAUUCGCCUACGUUGAUAGCACCCCUGGAAAAUGGUUGGCGACGUCGGAAUGCGCGAUUUGCUUGUCGGAGUUCACCGCCGGCGACGAAAUCCGUGUGCUACCGCAGUGUGGACACGGAUUCCAUGUCGCUUGCAUAGACACGUGGCUUGGGUCCCACUCUUCCUGCCCUUCCUGUCGGCAGAUUCUGGCGGUGACGAGGUGUCAGAAGUGUGGCAGGUUUCCGGCGACCGGAGCUGAAGCCGCCGGCGUUGCAGUUAGUGAACCGGAUUUGAAAUCCAGAGAAGAUGACAAUGUCGGUGCAAAUAGUAAUGAGGGAGGUGUUAGUAGUAGUAAUAGUAAUAAUUCUGUAGAUCACAUCCACAUCAGUGUAAACAGUGGGUUCUUGCCUUAAAAAACACAAAAUAAUUCUAUUUUUUUUUUUUUUUUUUUUUUUUUGUAUUUAUUUAUUAGGUUUUUAAAUAUUAAUUUUUGUACUUUAUCUUAUAUCCCUUCAAGGUGAUCAAAAGAGAUCUGAAUUUGGGCAAUUUAUUUUUACUUUGUCUUAAUGCACACUCCUUGCUCUUGUGUAUAGUUUAAUUUAGCAUUAUUAUUUUGACUAUCACAUUGUUAUGA